CCUAAGUACCGAAGAAGGCUUCGUCCCAUUGCCUCUUGCAUGCACUCAUUACCGCGGUACCCCGGAUGCCCUUGGUUAUCUCUCCAACUUUUUUUAUCCCAUCUGAAUAAGAGAAGAAAGACUGUACGCGUAUGUUUUCUACACUAUAGUAAUGCCUUACACACGAUGGAUAGACAAAUAUUGCUAAGUACCCUCUCUUCGGGCGGAGUUCAACCCUCUACAAUUGAACACUUGGUCGUGUAUCUUCACUGUUGCCAUCCAUGCAAGGUGUACCGCAAGACCCUAUUUUCUGCUUACAUUUCCUCUAUGCUUGUGAGCAAUUCUCCUCUUCUCGUAAAGUAUGCAGACGAUAUA